AUGGGCCCCUGUACCGCCUCCUCAUGCUGCUGCCAGGCCCGUAAUCUGCCAUGGGCCCCCGUACCAACUCCUCAUCAUGCUGCUGCCAGGCCCGUAAUCUGUCAUGGGCCCCUGUACCGCCUCCUCAUGCUGCUGCCAGGUCCAGAGUGUGUCAUGGGUCCCUGUACGGCCUCCCAUUGCUGCUGUCUCCAUCGCCACACUCUGCCAUGUGCCACUUUCAGGUCUCCUCACACUGCUGGUGGUUUCCAUUUUUGUCAUAGGGUGCUGUAUGGCCUCCCAUUGCUGCUGCCUCCACCUCCACACUGUGGCUCCACACUCUGGUUUUGGCCCCGUGACUGCCCAAAUGAGUGAAGUGUGCGGUGAUUCUAAGAUCGACGGCACUCAUCUGCAUGUCAUACUGACUGUCAGUAUUAUUUCUCUUCCCCAGCAGACUCCAAGGGCAUUUAAAUUAAAGGUACAGUGUUCUGCACUAAUAUAA